AUGUCAGACUUUGAAGUAGAAGUAAAAGAAGAGAAUACUUUACCAAGUGAUUUGUCACUUCCCACUUAUGUUCCUUUACGAAGAGAGUUCAUGCGAGAAUUUGAACAACAGUUUAUUCCAGACUCCACUGAUGUUAUUUAUGGACAACAAUUCAAACAAGUGACAAGUAUGGCAGAUCAUUAUAUCAAUUAUAUUUUAGCUAAUAGUAAUUUGGAGUUUUCUGAGUCUAUACUUCAAAAAUAUAUAACAUCCUUGGAUAAUCUUAAUAAAGUGGAAAGAGAAACUAAGAAAUUGAAACAAGUUCAUGAUUUACCAAGUGUUAGAGAAGUUACAGGUCUUCAAUUAAGAGAACUUAAUUUAAAUUCAUUAGAAGAAUUUCAAAAGAUGAAUAAUCCCAGUUUUCCAGGUGUUAUAACCCAAGAAUUUAAUAAUCUACCACUGGAUCCCCCAGUUUCUACUAAUCAGCGAUAUUAUAAGUUUCUUAAGGAUGCAAUUUUUGUAAUAAAUCAUCCAGAAGAAGCUAUUCCUGAUGAGAAUGAAGAUGAUGAAUUGAAUAUUUCUGGUGGUACAAUAUCAUUAAAAGAUGCAAUUACGCUUAAUUAUUAUGAUAAUCCAGUAUGUUCGCUGAUAUGUGGUCAUACUUAUGAAGAUGUCAGUAUUAAAUCACAUUUAAGAACUAAACGUACUUGUCCUAUUGCCGGUUGUAAUACGCCAAUUUCCUUGGAGGAUUUGAAGCCAGAUAAAUUGAUGCUUAUGCGAAUCAGAGCAGCUACUAAAAAGGAUAGACAUAAUGAUAAAAACUUGGAAACUGUUGUCUAG